AUGUGGUUAUAUUUUUGCAGUUUUGUACUUUUAAUUUGUGUGAAUUGGCAUUUACAAAAACACGAAAACAUCAAUUUUAAUAUUGAUGAUCACGAUAAUCUUGGAAAUAUCAAUAGAACUAAAAGUAUCUCGAACAAAACUAUUGCAAGUCUUAAGAGGAGAAGUAGUAUUAGAAAGGGUUCCCUUAAAUUGAAAGGUGGUAAAAGGUAUUCUCAAAUAGAAGAUAGCUCUUCGUCAAGAAAAGCAUUUAUGGGUGAGACUUCAAGAUCAUUUGAAAUGAGUGAGACUUCACCAAGAUCAUUUGAAACGAGUGAGAAUUCACCAAGACUAUUUGAAAUGAGUGAGAACUCACCAAGACUAUUUGAAAUGAGUGAGACUUCACCAAGAUCAUUUGAAAUAAGUGAGAACGAAGAAAAAGAAAAGGAAAAUACUGAUAGAUUAGGUGUACAAGUUGUUUCUCCUGAACGUGUUGUCGAAAUAGUUCAUCAAGAUUGUGUUUUUAAUGAUGAAUACGUCACUUAUGGUAAUACGCACAGUGGUGAUGAUGAUAAUGAUAAUAUUCAAAGUAAUCCCGUGAUAGAAGACAGUGAUUGA